UUCUUUCCGGUUGUCAAAAAGUGCAGUGCAGCCCAACAAGUUGAAAUAUGGCCGACGUUGAUGUAGAUGUGCCCUCCGCCGCGCCUGUUCUUGGCGGUCCUAUGGACAUAAACACUGCUUUGCAAGAAGUGUUGAAGAAGUCUCUGAUUGCCGAUGGCCUCGUCCAUGGCAUUCACCAGGCCUGCAAGGCACUCGACAAGCGCCAAGCUGUUCUCUGCAUUUUGGCCGAAUCCUUUGAUGAGCCCAACUACAAGAAGCUGGUCACAGCCCUGUGCAACGAGCAUCAGAUUCCACUGAUCCGCGUCGACUCGCACAAGAAGCUGGGCGAAUGGUCUGGUCUGUGCAAGAUCGACAAGGAGGGCAAGCCACGCAAGGUUUGCGGAUGCUCUGUGGUCGUCAUCAAGGACUUUGGCGAGGAAACCCCUGCAUUGGAUGUGGUUAAGGACCAUCUCAGACAGAACAGUUAAACAAAUCACUGUUUUCCCCCCUUCUGUUUGCUGAAUGAGAGACUACGAGGCAGAUUUUUUAUUUCGUAAUAAAUCAACUCAGACGUA